CUGGAGCUGUCGUCUUCAGUCGCAGCUGCAGCCUGCGGGCUCCUUCCUCAUCAACCACUUACUGUUUCUUCAAGCUGGCCGCCCCAAGGAUUUUUCGCAGCCUCCUGCGCCUUCACACGGUUCCGCAACCAGCUCUCUUCUACGCGAGAAGAUUGUCCAUCAUGGCACCGAAGCAGGCGACCCUCGGCAAGUUCUUUGGCGCCAAAGCUGCGCCGCCGCAGCAGCAGACCAAGCUGAGCUUUGCCACAAAGGCGAAACCCGAGCCAAAGGAUGAGCCGGUGGAGGGCGAUGGAGAGGACGACGUGAGCGCCAAGGAAAACGCCGAUCCGGACAAAGACACAAAGAAGCGUCUACGUGAGACGGACCAGAACGGAACGUCUAAGAAUGAGAGCGAGGAUGAGGAUGCUGCCCCAGUAGCCAAGCGCGCAAGACGCUCACGGGUCAAGAUUGAAGACGAUGAGGACAGCGCUAUGGAGGACAAGGCAGAUAAUCAAGAGAAGCCGGCCGUGGUAAAGAAGGAGAAGUCGCCUAGUCCUCAACGCAAGGCCAAACGGUCCAAGAGCCCCCGGGCAAAAAGUCGCCGCUCGAAAAGCCCAUCGUCAGAGGCUGCCCAGCUGAAGAAGGAAGAGCCUGAGGAAAUUGUCAAAGAGGAGUCUGCCGCCGAAUCUGCGUCCGACGCAGAAGCAGAGAUCGAAGCCGAAGAGGAUGAAAAGCCUGAAGUUGCCGCGAAAGCUCGAGAGAAGAUCCAGACACAGCUCAAGGCCAAGGCAAACCAUCCAUAUCCGGAUUGGAAAGCGGGAGACCCUGUGCCAUACGCAGCGCUCUGUCAGACGUUCUCCCUGAUCGAGAUGACGACUAAGCGACUGGUGAUUAUGGAGCACUGUUCGCUUUUCCUUCGGCAGGUCAUGCGACUGACCCCCGACGAUUUGCUGCCCACGGUGCUUCUCAUGAUCAACAAGCUUGCUCCCGACUAUGCCGGCAUUGAGUUGGGCAUCGGCGAGUCACUCAUCAUGAAGGCCAUUGGCGAGACCACUGGUCGCAGCUUGCAAGUCAUCAAGACAGAUCAGAAGGACAUUGGCGACUUGGGCCUUGUUGCCGUCAAGAGCAGAUCGACGCAGCCGACAAUGUUCAAGCCCAAGCCUCUGACCGUACGCGGCGUUCAUCAGGGACUGAUGAACAUUGCGACUGUAACCGGGAACGGUGCCCAGGGCAGAAAAGUGGAUGGGAUCAAGAAGCUCCUAUCUGCGGCCGAUGCGCGGUCCACGGGCAAGAUAGAUAUCACGAAAGACAAGGGCGGGCCGAGCGAGGCCAAGUUUAUUAUCCGGUUCCUUGAGGGCAAACUUCGACUCGGCCUCGCCGAAAGGACGGUGCUCGUCUCCCUGGCUCAAGCGAUUGUUUGUCACGAGGCAGACCAAAAGGGUAAGGUCCCAAGCACAACGGACCUCGAAAACGGCGAAUCAAUUCUCAAGACUGUUUAUAGUGAAUUGCCGAGCUACGAUGCUAUCAUUCCUGCAGUCUUGCAACACGGCAUCAAGAACCUUCGAGACAACUGCAAGCUUCGGCCUGGCGUGCCGUUGAAACCCAUGUUGGCCAAACCCACAAAGGCUAUCACAGAAGUUUUGGACCGAUUCGAAGGCCAAAAAUUCACUUGCGAGUACAAAUACGACGGCGAGCGAGCGCAAAUUCAUUACGUCGCCAAGGAUGCACCGCAAGAGCUGAGCCAAGAGACCGCUGGGGCCUCGAAAGAGGCAGCUGGUGGGGUUGCCAGCAUCUUCUCUAGAAACUCUGAGGAUCUUUCGAAGAAAUAUCCUGACAUCCUUGCCAAACUUCAUACUUGGGUCAAGGAUGACACGAAGAGCUUUGUUCUCGAUUGUGAGACCGUCGCUUGGGAUAUUCACGAAAAAAAGGUGCUUCCCUUUCAGCAGCUCAUGACACGCAAGAGAAAAGAUGUCAAGGUCGAGGACGUCAAAGUCAAGGUUUGCGUCUUUGCCUUCGACCUGCUCUAUUUGAACGGCGAGCCUGUUGUGCAAAAGGCCCUCUGCGAGCGGAGAGAACUUCUACACCAAGCGUUUGUCCCGGUCGAGGGCGAGUUUGCGUUCGCGACGUCCAUGAAUGGUCAGGAGCUCGAUGAGAUCCAAAUUUUCUUGGACGAGAGCGUGAAAGCCUCGUGCGAGGGACUCAUGGUGAAAAUGCUGGAGGGCACUGAGAGCGGAUAUGAGCCGAGCAAGCGUAGUCGGAACUGGCUAAAGGUUAAAAAGGACUACCUCUCCGGCGUAGGUGACUCGCUCGAUCUCGUCGUUCUGGGCGCAUACCACGGCAAGGGGAAACGCACGUCUGUGUAUGGCGCCUUUCUACUUGCAUGCUACAAUCCGUCCACCGAAACGUAUGAGACCGUGUGCAAUAUCGGCACUGGCUUCUCAGAGCAGGUGCUCGAGGAGCUACAUGCACAACUCUCAGAAAUUCGAAUUGAACGACCGAAACCGUUCUAUUCACACUCCUCGGGCGGUCAGCAUCAGCCAGAUGUCUGGUUCGAGCCGCGAUACGUCUGGGAGGUCAAGACAGCCGACCUCACACUUAGUCCCCGCUACAAAGCCGGCUCCAAGGAGGGGGUGGACCCUUCGGGCGAGAAGGGAAUCAGCCUGAGAUUCCCACGAUUCAUUAAGCUACGAGACGACAAAAAGCCAGACGCUGCUACCACGAGCAGACAGGUGGCCGAAAUGUACAGGAAGCAGGAAAGCGUGACCAAGAACAAGGGGCCGUCGGUGGAUGAUGACUUUGAUUAUUAGCCGGCGUUGCUCCUGAGCUGCUUUCACAUGUCAAAAAGCGGCCGAAAAUCGUGAACCGGCGUGAUGACAAUUGCUGAAUGUAGAAAACAAAGACACGAGCUUCACACGGGUUGGUGUAAGCCACGCA